AUGGCCCUUCCAGUUUUUGCUAUGCCUUGUUUCAAGCUCCCUAAAGAUGUGUGUGAGAAGCUCACAAGUGCAAUGACUGACUUUUGGUGGAGCAGUGGAAACAACAAGAAGAAAAUAUCUUGGGUUGCAUGGAAAAAACUCUGUACAGAGAAAGAACUUGGUGGGUUGGGAUUCAAAGACAUUGAGAAAUUUAAUCAAUCCCUUCUGGCUAAGCAAGCUUGGCGGAUAUGGUCAUCUCCUAAUUCUCUACUGGCUCAUCUCCUAAAGCACCGUUACUUUAAGCAGUCAGAGUUUCUUGAGUGUAGCAUGGGUGCUCGUCCUUCUUUCCCAUGGCGUAGUAUUAUGCAUGGUCGAGAACUUCUGAAAGAUGGCACGUUCAAUAAGAUUGGGGAUGGGAGAAACACUAGAGUGUGGCUAGAUAACUGGUUGCUGGAUUCUACGCCUAGGCCUCCUAUGUAUCGCCAAGAUGCAGUGGUGGACCUUACACUGUCAGUGAAUGAUCUAAUUGAUCGGCAUACUAGUUCUUGGAAUGCUGAUUUGGUUCGGCAGUUGAUUGCAGAGGUAGAUGUUGAUUUGGUACUGAAUACGAAGAUUGUCCAGUCUAGAGAUGAUUCUUUUGUCAAAGAAUGUGCGCUAUGA